AUAAAUUAACGUUCUCGUUCUAAAAUUUGUAUUGUGAUUGCAUUAACUUUCGUAUUCUAUAAUCUAUACUGUGAUUGCAUUAACAUUCGCGUUCCGUAAUCUCGGAAUGCUACCACGAUCGAUACGUUCGGUAUCGUAUUCUAGCCGAAAAGCAUCGUGCGUGCGGGAAAAACUAGACGAAGAGCGCAACGGGAGACGAUCAUCGGCCUUUCGACUCGAAAGUCACGAUCGAGAAACUCUCACGACCUGAUAUCGCCGCCUAUUCGACUUAUCAACGCGUUGUGAUAAGCGCGCAGAUUACGUCUUUGCGUUCAAUUGACGUCGUCGCGUCUUCUAAAUUAAGAAGAAGCUCGCAUGAGACUAAUAGACUCUCGGCGCAUCUCGAAAGCUGUAACAACCAACACAAUUAAUUCUCCAAUUAAUCGAGUCGCGAUUGGUUGACGCAUUUCUUUUUUUUUUUUUCGUUCCUCUACUUCUUCCUCGUUACGCACGAAAGCGAAGAGAAGCACGAACUCUCGCGGAACGAUGGCAGAUCGGAGCAGCCGAAUCGUUGGUCCCGCCGAGCGCUCGGAAAUAAUCGCCGAUUGUCGACGAGGUUGAGGCCUUCGAAUGAGGAUUCGAUUGGCACGCGAGUUGGUAAGAUCGUCGAUGAACUCGUUAACGAACCCGUCAACGAAUGGCUCGCGAACAUUGCACGACGAGUGUUGCUCUCGGCGAUAAUAGCUCGCGAAUCGGAGCUCGCGUCCUUCUUGGCGCGCCGAGAACGCGCGGGAUCACGCUCGCGCGCCGAUCGAAUUAAAAAAAACAUACCGGGCGACGCCAAUCAACGAGGAGGACGGCCGAGCGGCGUAGCGGAGUGGACGAUAACGAGGCAGCACGCAGAAGGAGCAUCGUCGGUAGAAAGGAGGUCCCGGCCGGCGCCUUCGUCGUCUUUCUUCUCUCUCUCUCUCUCUCUUUCCCCGCAGCGAGCUCGUCGGCCAACAAAGCAAUUAGCGACAAUUGGCAGCUGCUUCUUCAAUUCGGGAUUCCGCUGUGAGAGAGAGAAUUUUGGUUUUCGUUUUCUCGGGCUGAAACGAAAAAAAGCUAGUGGACUAGAAACGUGGUCUAACGUUAGCGAACUACGGCUUGCAAAAUCGAAAGAAGAAAACGCAAGAUCGAGAAGAGAUUAAUUUUUCAUCGAUCGGGAUAUGUGCGAGUGCGGUAUCGAUAUGACCAGCGACGCGAAUUGACGCUUCGAAAGUGAGAGGAGGCGCUCGGAAGAGAAGCGGAAAUGAUGAUGCCGCCACCGCAAGUCGUGGGUCCGGGGCAGCAGACUCAUCCACGAUUACCUCCUCUGGAUCCACAGGAGACCAAAAUUAAAGGCGAGCUGUAUGUGGAAGAUUUGAACGAAAGAAGAACGGUUUCCAUCAGGAUGGGCUGGCUAUGGGUCGAAGGUACUCCGAUGAGGUUACCAUUGCGAGCAUUAAAUCUUCGUCAGGCAUCACCGAGUCUCUGUCAACCCCACACAUUUGCUCUCGGCUUUACCUUGAGCGAUUCAGAGGGUCGUUCGCUCGCCACCUUUUGGGCGGACACGGAACCGAUCUAUUGGUCUUGGGUCAGAGCGAUUGCAGCCGAACUAGUUCGGCAAACGCCGUUUCGCGCUCAACGAUGCUUGAACUUCCUGGAGAUAUUGACCAUUUGUCCGAGAGGUCCGGUUCCAUUGCCGGACAGCCCGACGGAAACGAGAAGGCGAUCUCGCAGCGAAUUACGUUGCUGGCCAAGCGACUCACCGACGGGGAAGACGACGUUGUGCACGACGACGAUCCUCGAUGAUUCCAGGAGAAGGGCGAGGAGUGAAUUACGCGGUUGGUCCAGCAGUAACUCGAGCGACGAGGACCUGUUGGGAGAAUUUCGAAGCAUACCCACUGUGAUAAGCAACAAGGACCAACCGGUCAGCAGAGCGUGGGGUUGCAGCGAAAGCAGCGAGGGUAGCGACGACAGUCUCCCUUGGGGUGGCGUAUGCCGGUCGAACGAUACAGUGGACUCCCGCAGCGUCUCCUUACCGGAACCAGAAACGAGGGAACAGAGGAUACAGAGGUACAAAGAGGCGCGCAGACGCGAAAACGAAGCGAGAAGUCGACGAGUCCUUGAAGAGGACGCGAGGCGGAAAGCAAGAGCCGAGGAAAAUAAUAACAAUUUGCCGAAGAUCUACGGUAAAACUAGGAGUAGGAUUUGUUCUGCCAACGAUAACGAUGAGGCUCAUCCGACCCGCUCGCCCAAAAAGGAAUUUUUUACAUCGACCGACAUACGAAAGCAAAACGAGAAUUCGAUUGUCGAUCGACUACCUCCGCUCAAACCGAACGAGACCUCCACAGUGAGGUUCACUGAGGAAAAUUAUCGAAACGAGGACGACAAACGGAACAAUAAUAGUCCUAGAAGUGGAAACAACAGUCCUGGAAUACUCAGGCCGGACAUCAACGAGAGGAGAAGUAGAGCCAGAGAGAGGAGAAUCAUUCGUGACAAGGCGCAGCUAUCGCAGGUCCAGCAACUGAUGACCGGUAUCACCAUAGCUAAUGUGGAAACUCUUCGGGAGCGGAAGGAGCGACUGGCUCUCCUGUCUUCCAGAAUUCCCGUUCCCCGUCAGUUGUCGCAGCCUUGCCCAAAAUCCACGGAUUGCCCGGCAAUUGUAUCCCCGAGUUCUCCGUCGGUCUUAACGGUACCACCUUGCGAAGAGGAUGUUGCCAAACUUCUGGAGCGAUGUCAGAGGGUAGACAAAUACGUGCCAGUGAGGGAGAAGCUGACUUUGUUCGAAUCCCUUUCGAGAUUAGGCGGUCGCCUGGCCAGAAGCACAGAAGAUCUUGGUCGAACAUCUUGCAAGCCCAGUCCCAGGGGCAAACAACGCGCCCGGUCUCUUCACGAUCUCAACCGAGGUGCCAGGGCUCUACCCGUGAGAGAGAUGUGUCGAUUUUUUGAGGGCGAUUUGGAGCAGGACGCUUGCCAGAAAACGAUGAAUCUUGCGAAAACGAGAUUUAGCGAUCCACCCGCGAAGAACACCUGGAGAGAUCCGAGUUCGAAACACGAGGCACCAUGCAUCAGCGCUUCCGUGAGAAAGAAACAUUAUUUAAAGUGAACGCAACUAGUGAAUCGUUCUUUCAGGACAUUUCAGAACUUAACCCUCUAAUAAGAUGGAUUUUCAAUAUCAAGGAAAAUAGAGUUGGAUAUUAUAUUGUUUUGUUUAUUUUUUAAAUAUAAUUAAUAUACAAAAUGUGUAAAAGAAGUUAAAUAAUAUAAUAUAAAAUCUGUUCUUCUGUUAACAACGUAAAAUGUGCGUAAACAACUGUAAAAUAGAAGUCGCAUCCAACCCCAUCUUACUAUUAGAGGCUUAAGGAUUAAUAUAUCCUUAAAUUCACGCCUCAUUGAAAAUGAAGUAGCAAACUCAAAGGGACGGAGUAAUUACUCAAUUAUUUCAUUAUUCUUAUAUCUUCUUCUCAGCAUAAAUUUUCAUAAAUCAUGCCGGUUUUUGUAGCCAGUGUAAAGUUAGAAAAUAUUUUCCAAUCGAACAAAAAAAACUGCGAUAAUAUACAUAAAAACCCAAAAAUUAUUAUCAUAACUGAUUUCGGUUUCUAUCGCGCGAUAAAGACUGAUAAAUCAAUGUAAAUAUUAAUUAAA